AUGACAAACGAUGUCAAUCUCAUGUACCAGAAGUACGUUGCCGAGUUGGACACGAUUACGCCUGAGCAGGUGGAAUGGCAGCCAUAUGGCGCCGAUGACAGACUUGGGUACACCCCGGAGUUUACCAUCAACCCGAUGUGCUUGCGGGAUAGGGAUCUCUGGCGUAUGCGGUGCCCACUGAUAUGCAACUGGGUUGUUGAGUUUCAUUUGCCACAUCGCGUGUCUCGUCAGUUUGGUCUGUUCCAGCCUCACCCGCUGGAAUGGGUGGAUACGGACAAAGCACUUCAUAGGUUGGACAGGAGAAGGCAGCGGAAGAUAAAGGACUGGGACAAGCAUCAUGCUUCGUAUGUUACCCGCUUCCAGCUUUGUGUGGAGGAAGCUCGUAGCAGUGCACGCGCCAAGCUUCGUGAGCAUAGUCCACUUGCUUUUGAUAACUACAUACGAUGGCUUCUUGAAAAUACUCGAGUUGAGAUAUGCCCGCCGGCAUAUAAUGAGGAUAUUCUUGAAGAACCCGUAAACUUUGAGGAUCUAUCAAAGGGGAAGUACAACAGAGAUGUCAGGGUAGGGCACGGAGUCCCUGCUGUGCCGGUG